ACCCAUAUUCCACUGGGAAAGAGAGAGAGAGAGAGGAGAGAGAGAGGGAAUGAGAGAGAGAGACCAGGACCUGUGAGCAGAGCAACGAAAGAAAAAGAGGAGAGAAAACGGAACAAGGACACAAAUGGCACUCAUGGCAGGGAUUUUGUUCACGGCCACUUUUCUUUUUUUGGGGAUUUCUACAUUUGUUUCGCCGGCACGGAUAUAUCCCCCAAAUGAAGUCACGUUAUUGGACUCUAGAGCUGUUCAGGGGGAGCUGGGAUGGGUCGCCAAUCCGACAGAAGGAGGGUGGGAGGAAGUGAGCAUAAUGGAUGAGAAGAACAUACCCAUCCGGACAUACCAGGUGUGUAACGUUAUGGAGCCAAACCAGAACAACUGGCUCCGCACCGAUUGGAUCCCUCGUGGUGGUGCCCAGCGAGUCUACAUUGAGAUCAAAUUCACCCUCCGAGACUGCAACAGCCUUCCAGGGGUCAUGGGAACCUGCAAGGAAACCUUCAAUCUUUACUACUAUGAGUCCAACAAUGACAAAGAGCGCUACAUCCGUGAGAACCAGUUUCUAAAAAUUGAUACAAUCGCUGCUGAUGAGAGCUUUACUCAAGUGGACAUCGGCGAUCGCAUCAUGAAGCUGAACACAGAAGUGCGGGAUGUGGGCGCCUUGAACCGCAAGGGCUUCUAUUUGGCCUUCCAGGAUGUUGGAGCAUGCAUUGCGCUUGUGUCUGUCAGGGUGUUCUACAAGAAAUGCCCCUUAUCGGUGCGUAACUUGGCCCAGUUUCCCGACACCAUCACUGGAGCAGAUACAUCCUCUCUUGUGGAAGUUCGGGGAUCAUGUGUGGAUAAUUCAGAGGAAAAGGAGGUUCCUAAGAUGUACUGUGGAGCUGACGGAGAAUGGCUGGUGCCUAUUGGGAACUGCCUGUGCAACCCAGGAUAUGAAGAACGCAAUUCAGAAUGCCAAGCGUGCAAGAUUGGUUACUACCGUGCUUUAGCCACAGACGGCUCCUGUUCCAAGUGUCCACUCCAUAGCUAUUCUGUCAGGGAAGGCUCCACGUCUUGUGCCUGUGACAAGGGAUACUUCCGCUCUGAAACAGACCCAGCAUCCAUGCCCUGCACCCGCCCUCCAUCAGCCCCACUCCACCUUAUCUCAAAUGUGAAUGAGACCUCUGUAAAUCUGGAAUGGAGUCCACCUCGUAGCUCUGGAGGACGUCAAGAUCUGACAUACAAUGUGGUCUGCAAGCGUUGUGGCCCCGAUGGCCGCCGCUGUCAACCCUGUGGUAAUGGCAUCCACUUCAGCCCCCAGCAGCUGAGUCUGAAGGGAACCAGGGUGUCCAUCAAUGAGCUGCAGGCCCACACCAACUACACUUUCGAAGUGUGGGCAGUGAACGGUGUUUCACCGCAGAGCCCAGGGCCAGAACAGGCAGUGUCGGUGACUGUCACUACGAACCAAGCAGCUCCAUCUCCGGUAACUUCCAUCCAAGCAAAGGACAUCACAAGACACACUAUCUCACUGGCUUGGCAACCACCGGAUAGAGCCAACGGAGUCAUCCUGGAGUAUGAGGUCAAAUACUAUGAGAAGGAUCAAAAUGAAAGAAGCUACAGAAUUAUAAAAACCUCAUCAAGAAACACUGACAUUAAGGGCCUCACUCCCCUCACCUCCUACGUAUUUCAUGUGCGUGCACGUACUGCAGCCGGCUAUGGAGAGUUCAGUGGCCCAUUUGAGUUCAUGACCAACUCCGUCCCAGCUCCCAUUAUCGGUGAUGGGGCCAACUCCACAGUGUUACUGGUGUCCGUGGUGGGCAGUGUGGUCCUCUUAAUCAUCCUCAUCAGUGCUUUUGUCAUCAGCCGAAGAAGGAGUAAGUACAGCAAGGCCAAGCAAGACUCUGAUGAGGAGAAGCACUUACAUCAAGGAGUGAGGAUAUAUGUUGACCCCUUUACUUAUGAGGACCCUAACCAAGCCGUCCGGGAGUUUGCCAAAGAAAUCGACGCUUCCUGUAUCAAGAUUGAGAAAGUUAUCGGUAUUGGGGAGUUUGGCGAGGUGUGCAGCGGCCGCCUGAAGAUGCCCGGCAAGAGAGAAAUCUGUGUGGCCAUAAAGACACUAAAGGCCGGCUACACUGACAAGCAGAGGAGGGACUUCCUGUCCGAGGCUAGCAUCAUGGGCCAGUUUGACCACCCGAACAUCAUUCACCUGGAGGGCGUGGUUACCAAAUGUAAGCCAGUGAUGAUUAUCACAGAGUACAUGGAAAACGGAUCGCUGGAUGCAUUCCUGAGGAAAAACGACGGUCGCUUCACUGUGAUCCAGCUCGUUGGCAUCCUGCGUGGAAUUGCAUCAGGCAUGAAGUAUCUAUCCGACAUGAGCUACGUUCACCGCGACCUGGCAGCUCGUAACAUCCUAGUAAACAGCAACCUGGUAUGCAAAGUGUCUGACUUUGGCAUGUCCCGAGUGCUGGAGGACGACCCCGAGGCUGCAUACACCACAAGGGGAGGGAAGAUCCCCAUCCGCUGGACGGCCCCAGAGGCCAUCGCUUACAGGAAGUUCACCUCGGCCAGUGACGUGUGGAGCUACGGGAUUGUCAUGUGGGAGGUGAUGUCAUACGGCGAACGACCAUAUUGGGACAUGAGUAACCAAGAUGUGAUCAAAGCUAUUGACGAGGGCUAUCGGUUGCCCCCACCCAUGGACUGCCCCGUGGCACUCCACCAGCUCAUGCUGGACUGUUGGCAGAGAGAGAGAGCCGACAGGCCAAAGUUUGGACAGAUUGUGAACAUGUUGGACAAGCUGAUCCGCAACCCCAACACUCUGAAGAGGACUGGGGGAGAGAGCACUGUUCGGCCCAACACCACCCUGCUGGAACCAGGAAGCCCUGAGGCGUCCUCGGCCGUGGGCACCGUGGAGGACUGGCUGCAGGCCAUCGGGAUGGAGAGAUACAGUGACAACUUCACCGCUGCUGGAUACACCACCCCAGAAGCUGUGGUCCACAUGACACAGGAGGACAUGGCUCGCAUAGGCAUCUCCUCGGCAGCACACCAGAACAAGAUCCUGACCAGCGUCCAGGGAAUGCUGUCCCAAAUGCAACAGAUGCAAGGCAGAAUGGUUCCCGUCUGAGAGAUUUAAAACAAAGAGGAAAACGAAGCAAAGCGACUUCUUUUCUUAUGAAAAAAAUAAAUAAAUAACAAAAAGAUUAAAUAUAAAAAAAGAGACAAAUAAACUAUGAAGAAAUAGUUUACCUCAUCCUUGCACUUUAAAUUGGAUCUAAAAGAAAAGAUGUUGAUGAAGAAGAAAAAAAGUGGUGAAAAUGGCACUUUUUUUGUCAAAUCAGACCUUUAUCUUGCCCUUUUUUGUUGUUUUGGAGAAUGGGACUCUUCUGUCUGCAGCAUUUAUGGAUACAUAGAUGGACGGAUGGAAAAGUGCUUCCGAGGCCAAUUUGGAGUGCCUUUAAUGGUCUGGAAGGAAAAGCGAGGGAGGGGAAUUGUACCUUUCUUCCUCCUCUUGGGCAGAGUGUUGUUUCUGGAACUUUCUUUCUGGAAUAAUACUCGGAGCAGAUUUUUUUGAUUUCCUGUGACUGUGUUUAUUGUACAUGAACUGUUUUGUGUGGGACUUGCAGGCUUCCCCGGCCACCAUUGUUCUCUCUCAGCUGGAUCUGUUUGAUAUCUCACAGACAAAAUGGAGGAUCCUCACCGUCAGAUAUAAACAGUGAAUCUCUGAGAGGUUGAGGGUUGGAUUCCAAGGGGAGAUGGCGAUGCAGGGAGGGCUUAUUUUAAGGAGCUUCUUGUGUUUUUUGCCCUGUUCUGGCCUUGUUUUUCUCCCAGAACAUUAUAUUUUGUUGCCCUCAGGACGUUGCUGAGAAUGUCUUUGAUCUUCCAGAGGAGCCUUCCCACUCCCCUGUCUUCCCAAAAAUGCCCUCCUACACCUCUGCUAAACACACAAUUUGGAUUCUUACAUUUGUCCUUCCAUCUGAACAAAAAGCCCCUGCUUUCCUCACUGCAGGACCUGUGGAUGCAAGAAUGAAGUAAUUUUUUGGCUGGAUUUUUUUUUUUUCCCAAAAAAAGGCAAUAUGGAAUGCAGACUGAAUCAGAAACAACAGCAUCAUCAACAAAGAAAAUACACAAAGGCUUAUUCCACAUUCGCUCAAGCUGCUGCUGUCCAUCAUAAAUAGGAUCCCGGCCGCUCUCGUCAUGACCAAAUUUCCUCCUCUUCCUCGUCCUCGUCUUCCUGCAUGUGCUUUUCCCUCUUCUCCUUGGAGUCUCCUCUGACACUGAGAUGACAAAUCCAUCCCCACGCGUCUGGGACGACCACCGUCACAACAUGUCAACUUGACAAACUAGCCACCAUGUGCUUGUGGCCAUCCAGUUCUGUACUGGAAUUACUAUGAAUGAUUUAACAGCAUUAAAAAGAGACAAUAAGAAGAAUGUAAUAUAAUCGAGAAGCCCUGCUCCAGCUGAUAAUGUGCUUUUAAUUUGGAGAGUUUCAUUUUUUUUUGUAAUUUUUUUUUGUUUGUUUUUUGUUUUAUUUUUUUGUUGUUUUUUUUGUUGUUUUUUGUUGUUUUGGUCAUUGUUUGCAUGUAAAGUAACAAGCAUUUGAUUUGAGUGUGUGAACAUGUCUGGAUUGUAUGCAGUGUGUGUGUGUGUGUGUGUGUGUGUGUGUGCGUGUGUGUGUCUAGAUGAUGUAUGAGCGACAAUGUCUUGAAGUACUAUCAGUAAUUGUGUCUGUCUUCAUGCCACUGUAGAAGAGGAGGAGAUAACAGAGUUGAAUUGUUUUUGAUAUAUAUAUAAAAAGAGCCCCAGACUUUUUUUUUUUGCUUUUGUGUCGUCUUAAAAAACUACGUAAGGUGUGUUUCUCAAAUGCAAGCUCUCAGCAACAGCAUUUAUUAAGCAGCUUUCUGGAAUGCAGCCCAUUUCUGCUUUGGCAGUUAAAAGCGGCUUACAAAUGGACACACUGGAACAAGUGUGACUAAAAGCCUCCUGUCCAUAGAAACACAUCAAACAUAGACUAGAGUUUGGACUCGCCGAGCUCACGAGAAGUCAAGGGGGAAAUCUAAACCAUCUGAAGCAUCACUGUCAAUAUGGGAGCAGCUGAAAAUGACGCACCUGAACACAGCAAAGGAUCAGAGAAGUGGGAAAAAGGUCUUUAAGAAGGGAAUACUGUUUUUUUUUUUUUUACUUUUUUUUCCCCAGAGCACAUCAUACAGCUACAGUUUUAAUCCAAUGGACUAUAUUCUUUGUUUUUCUUUAUCUCCUGAAACUGUACUUAUGUGAAUGUUUUUGGACUCGCAAAUGACGCUUCAUGUAAUACAGAAACACCUCCGUCCUUAAUUCAGCUCUUACUGCUCUUUCCUUUUGGCAGCGUGUUACUUUUGGGUUUUAUCUAAGGAAAAAAGGACCUGUUUGGAAAUAUGCAAGACAUGUUGGGAAGGAGAAGGAAACCAGAAUGUACUGUAAAAUACUUUUUUCCUUUGAUUAAAUGUUGGACGAAUUGAAAAAAAAAAAGGAAGAAAAAAAUUAACAAUCGCAAGAGUAAUGUUUGUCAUUGUAUGCCUUCUGAUGCCAUAUGAUCUAGCCAUGUAGAUCUAACAUUCUCUCAAAAAUUUUUGUACCUUUUUUUUUUUUUUUUGACAUGAUCAUGAUUUUGUUUUCUUUUUGGCAUUGUUUAUUUUUUGUUUUGUCAAGGAGCUCUAGGUACAUGUAACUUAUGUCAUUUAUUUAUGUCCUUUUAUAUCUAGUUUGUAAAAUAAUAGCCUAAAGUGAAGAAAAUAAAAGAGUGCCAAAGUGCAUUCUUAUUAAAGUAGAAACCGUAUGAUGAUA